AUGGCAAAUCUCGCUAAUACCAUGGAAGCUAAUGUUGUUGCAACUCUGCAAGCGGUGCAGAGAUUGGGCCAACCGGCCUGGAACGGAAAUGGCAAUGGGAAUGGCGAAGGGAAUGCCAAUGAUAAUGCUAAGGAUAACAGCGAUAACACGGGAGGAGUUCCGAUGACCUUGGCGACAUUCCUCAAGGCUUUGGAGCGUGCUUUACAGGCACAGCAUGUUCCUCUUAAUCAAUAUGUAGAGUUUGCCGCUUAUCAGCUAGCGGGAGAGGCCCAGCCCUGGUGGCAAGCUGAGUGUCGUUUGCUACAGCUUCAGAACGCCGACAUUCCAUGGGAGGUGUUCCAAACGGCUUUCUAUAAGAAGUAUUUCCCUGAGUCUGCAAGAGAAGCAAAGGAGAUAGAGCUAAUACAGCUGAAGCAAGGUUCCAUGUCUGUGGCAGAGUACACUAACAAGUUCGAAGAGCUUUGUAGGUUUUCUCGGGUGUGUCAAGGUGACCCGGAGUCUUACGAGAGUUGGAGAUGCGUUAAGUACCAGAGGGGUUUGAAGGACAACAUUAUGACUGAUGUGGCUCCUAUGGAGAUCCGUGUCUUCUCUGACUUGGUGAAUAAGGCUAGAGUAGUGGAAGAAUAUGCCAAGACUGUGGCGGCAUCCAAGGACACUCAUGGAGGGAGUUCUAGUCGUGGGCGUGGCAAGUAUUUUCAUCUGAGAGGACAAAGCUUCAAGAGAGGAGGAUAUACGCCUCAAGGCCAAGGGGGCUUCAGAAAGAACAAUCAGAAUCAGUUUCGUGGGUGCUUCAACUGUGGCUUGCCUGGUCAUCUUGCGAGGGAUUGCACUCGUGGGAGGAAUCAAAAUGCGAGCCAGAGUCAACAUCAAGGUCGAGUCUUUGCUGUGAAUGCCAAGGAUACUUCUAAGGCGGAUCCGUUGAUGAGAGGUAUAUGUCUAAUUGGUGAUAAGUCCCUAGUUGCAUUAUAUGAUACUGGAGCUUCGCAUUCGUUUAUUUCAUUUGAUAAAGUUGAGGAAUUAGGUUUGAAAGUGUCAGAAUUUCCUUUUGAUCUGCAUGUACAUACUCUGCAUCAAACAGUUAUGACUAGGUCAGAGGUGUUCCCGAAAGAUAUUCCUGAGUUCCCACCUCAAAGGAAAAUUGAUUUUACGAUCGAAUUGGUGCCGGGAGCCAGACCAGUGUCGGUUGCACCAUAUAGAAUGGCUCCGAUAGAGCUGGCAGAGUUAAAGACUCAGUUGGAAAAGCUUCUGAAUAAGAGGUUCAUUCGACCGAGUGUGUCACCGUAG